AUGAAGUUGUUUUGCUCAGACGACGGCCUUGGUGGCAGCGAACAGAUUGGUGGAUCCGAGAGCAGCAGCCGUCCAGCACGGCGGCCGUCAGGGAGUGUACGCGACCUCUUUCGGCGUUCCAGGAAAGGUUCAAGGGAAGGGCGAAACGCGGACGAGUCUGAGGCGCGCGAGGAUGAUAGACAGGAUGAGACGAGCUCAACCUCAAGAACUGGAUCUUCAUCCUAUGGUGGGGGUAGCAGUGCAGAGUCGCUUACGGGGCGACUUCUGCGGCGACUCGAGCGGUCAGAAAGUCGGAUACCACGGUUUUUGAUUCCGUCCGAUGUGCGCCGCGUGGUCGAGCAGGAAAUAACGGCUGAAAAUUUUCCAGAUCUUUCACGCGAACAACUUUUGAUGACUAAGUACACUUGGGCCGCAAAGCUGAGCCACUUCCAAAAGUACGGUGCCUUCUCGCGUGGUAACCACAUUGAUAUUUUAGAAACAGGCGAUGUUGGCUUUCCCCGCAUGCUCGAUGCGAUCAAGACUGCGAAGAAGCGUGUGUGGCUGGAAAGCUACAUUGUGGACGACUCAGCGAUUGCAGAACGAUUCGUGGACGCUCUAUGCCAUGCGAAGACCGUAAAUGGAGUGCCUGAGGUCGUUAUGGUGCUGGACGGGAUCGGCGGGCGUGAGAUGUCACGAAGUCAGAUAACCCGACUGCAGGAAGCAGGCGUAAAAGUUGUGGUAUUCAAUGCGCCAGGCGUGCGAUCUGUCUUGUUGGGAGCGGGGACUGCCGCGGAAGACACCGAUGUAGCCUCAAGCGUACAGCCGACGGCUUCUACUAGUGCAGGUGCAGUCGGCUCUGCGUCUGCGAGUGAAAAUACAGGUAAGAGUGCUGCCGUAGUGGAAGAAUCGACGUCAUUUUUCUCGGCAGUCCUUCAGCCAUGGCCUUUGCGAGACCAUCGAAAAAUCCUGAUUUGCGACGACAUAGGAUUUUGUGGCUCUCUGAAUGUUAUGCGCGAAGACUGUGGCCCCGAACUAGGAGGCAUCGGCGGUUUCUACGACGUCCACUGUCAGAUCCAAGGACCCGCGGUAAAAGAUCUUGGAGACGUGUUUCUCGAUUCGCUCAUUGAAGCGGGUGAAGAAGAAUUUGCAGACUCUCUGCAGCCGACACAACUGCAACCGUAUCUUAGCAGGGGUACCAAGACCAAGGAUGCUCUCAGUGUCAAUCAGAAGCAGGACGAAGAUGAAAAAGGCGGUAGUUAUGUCCAAGUUGUCCGAUCGAAUAUGCGCUUGAGGGGCCGCAAUCGAAGCUUGCAAAAAGUGCUAACUAAGGCGAUGUACGGUGCGCAACAUUCACUUCACAUCACGACGCCGUACUUCUUUCCACCGCUUUUCCUACGGCGCUCGCUGUGGCGGCAAUUGCGAAAGCCAGAGAGUCGCGUCCGAAUGAGCUUCUUGCUAUCUGGUGUGUCGGACGUCAGUCCCAUCCCUUACGAUACUCUGGGCCAAAAGCACGUGAUCCGCAAAUUACUCGUGGAAGAGCGAAAGCGCAAGCAGCGCGCCGCUGCGGCGAGAGCGGCCGAAAUGGCGAGCAUGUUGUUAGAUGAUCAAGAAGGACAAGAAGAUGCGCAUGCGCAAGAACAAGAUGCUGCCUCUGCGGCAGGUAGUGCGCAGAGCAAAAAUGAGCCUGAUCGGGAAGUAGGAGAAGAAGACGAGGAUCACGUCGCUAUCUAUUUGUCAGAGGGCGAGCAUAUGCACGCAAAAAUUGUCGUUGUCGACAGUCUUUUUGCGACAAUUGGAAGCUUUAACUUUGACUGGUUCUCGGGACGCCGCAACCUCGAGGUGGGUCUCUGUAUUUUCGAUCAUCGGCUGGCUAAAAAGCUAGAGCAGCUGCACAAAGGAAAAAUCGUCUUCCAACAGCAACGGGAAAAUAGCGCAUCUUCUACUCCUGACCGCAGCCAGCACCUGCAACAUGUGAGAACAAAUUCUAGUGGGUCCGAAAAUCAUCCCAACAAGUCUACCUCAAAGAAUCCCCUCUUGCACACGUGGUUCGGCGUGCCACUAGUUGGUGCCGACGGACGCGGGAUGAACACUGUGCGUCGGCAGCACCUCGACCAGUGGGAGUACGCAAAUAUUUUCCCUCGCGCCGUGAGCUUCUGGGCCUAUAACUCGGUCUGGUUUGCAAGUUGCAACCUGUGGGACGGACUUGACCAUGUGUCAUCGCUGAAGCGCCGCAUGAAGCAAGCAAAAGAUGACCUCAUUGCUCGAAAAACAUAUAGGACGAGCAGAGAUCAUGAAAGCUACAAUUACAAGUUCCUCCCUCACCUUACCUUCCCUUCUUCGUCCUCCAGUUCGUUCCCAUUCUACGAAAGAUCCUUACGCGAUGAUCUAGGCUUCCUACGACAAGAGGCAGAUCGAAGGGUACGAGCAGAUGAGCGGAUGGCAUUCAGCCAGAUGGCUGCACAGGUUCUUUACUAAGCGCUGAGAAGUGCUUUCGAUGGACUGAAAUAUCUCGAAACUGAGCUUCUUUUUAUGACACGCAUUAGUUCUUAGGAGAAUCUUUGACGCCCUUUCCAGUACUAUUCUCUAAAAGAACCUGGACUCUUUUUCUCUGGUGUAAAUCACGUUGAGCCCGUAAAAGAGAGCG